AUGUAUGGCUUGCUCUUCUAGUUCACAAACAUCAUAGCAGAAAAUCUCUGUCCUCGGCCGAUCGAAACUACUGCAUCGUCCUCCAACGCCAGAAUGUCGAAAGUGUUCAGCUUGAAGUCGAGUAGCGAAUUCAUCGUACCCAUUGACGACAGAACUGUCGAAGUGUUCAGGUACGAGGAUGAUAUCAAGCUUAUCGGGUUGAAAUACUACUUCCGUAAUUCUUGGGAGUGGGACCCCCGAGUUUACGUUGGCCGGGGAAAAGAAUACGGGGCGAUAGAAGUCUUCGGCACCGUUAUUGCGGGAGGCGAAUUGGAGCAGCUAGCGAAGGAUCUGAAAGCAGUGGAAGAGGACCCAAAUCUUUAUACUUUUGUCAACCGUCUCGGCCUCUGCGUAAUCACUGAGAAGGACUACUCCUUUGACGUCAUCCUCAUCAACUAUCAUUUCUUCGGUUGGCCCAACUACGCCGUGGAGUCACCUCAAGGCAUUACCAUGUGGUGGGACAUUCCCGAUACGGACGAUGAACCGCUGAAGAUGGAUGUCCGAAGAAUGAUCAGUGAUUUGAUGGAAGCUAACGAGGAGCUGCGGCAUAGCUUGAAGGAGGCGAAUGUGGAACUGACGGCAUGCAAGAAGGAGUUGGAGGAGACGAAUUUGGAGCUGGCGGCAUGCAAGAAGGAGGCGGAGUGGAGCAAGAAGAUGGAGUCGCUUUUUAACAAGCUGGUGGAGAAGCCAAAGAGAAGGAGGUGGAAAUGGUGAACAUGUCAAUACAUUACCCGAUUUCCAUUACUACGUACGUCAAAAUUCCAAUCCCCCAAAUCAGGCUCUGGAAACACAGUUUGUUACGGCUCUUCAGUGACCAUGCAUUUUGGUUGUUACCAUCAAAUUAAAUGCAAAUGGAAUUACGAAGGGAUUUAACUAUCUUUUCCCCAUGCGUUCAUUAAUAUAAUGUGUCGUUCAAU